UGUCCCGGAGUCCCCAGAGCAGAAAGAAGGAAGACGAGAGCCAGCAAGAUGAUGAAACAGCUGCCCAUCUAUAACCCGAUAAUCCCCUUUAUUGGGAGAAUAUCGGGCGGACUUCAGGAUGGGAAGGUGGUGAUAAUUCAAGGACAAGUGCCAGAAAAAGCUGUGAGAUUCGAAGUGGCCUUUGUGUGCAGCAACUCCAAACAUUCGGACAUUGCUUUUCACUUCAACAUGCGUUACGAUGAAUCCACCGUGGUCUGCAACACGCUGGAGAAUGCCAAUUGGGGAACUGAAGAGAUAAAGCACCAGGUUCCCGUCAAAGCCAGAUCAUACUUUGAACUCAUCAUUAAAACAUGCAAUGAUCAUUUCCAGGUCUCUGUGGACGGGCAGCAUUUCCUGGAGUACAGGCACAGGUUGCCCAUGACGAGCGUCGACACCCUGGAGGUUUCCGGAGAUGUUCAUGUGAAUGCCAUCACCUUCAAAGAACCAGACAGCACACCUGUCCCAGUGACUGUGUCUAAUCCAGUUGUUCCGUACAAGGCCUAUAUCGGAGCCAUCCGUCCACAGCAGCUGAUAAGGAUUGUUGGGACUGUGAACACCAAUGCUACCAAGUUUUCCAUUAAUCUGAUGGCGAACUGCUGGGAUAACAUUGCCCUGCACAUCGGUCAAAGAUUCAAUGAUAAAGUUGUGGUGCGGAACAGCAGAAUCCAGCAGGAAUGGGGUACAGAGGAGCGAGCUUUGCCCUUCCACCCAUUUGUGCCUGGCCAGACGUUUGAGAUGCAGAUCAUGGUUCAAUCAAGCUGCUACGCAGUCUCUGUCAAUGGAAGGCACCUCUUCAACUACAACCACAGGCUGGAGCCCCUGAACCAGAUUAAUCAACUGGAAGUCAUUGAUGACAUCAGCCUUUCUUUAGUGCAGUACUAAUGUUUUGAAGUAAACAAUCUGCUUUAUCCAGAAAACAAAAUCAGCAUAAUCUUCCCAAAUUCUCAUUUUUAACCCUCUACUUAUUUGGUGAUCAAUCCUGUAGAUUGGUUAUUGCAUGUGAACCAAUCAGAAUAAUGUAGCAUCAUUAACCCCAC